UAUUAUCCAAAAAUCAAAUCGACAACGCUAAACUAAUUAGCACUACAUAUCAAUUCUGUUUUCGCCGAUCCAUUGCGCAUGCAUGGUUAAUUCUUCAAAUAAAGAUAAAUACCGCCAUUCCGCCAAUUAAUCACUCGCUUUAUCAGAGCUCAGAGUCCGAGAUCUACUGCGCUCUCUCCCGCGAAUCGAUACAUAAUCCGACGAGAUAAUUAUUAAUUAAAUUGUCGACGACGAGACGAAAUGCCGUGGAACAUCACAGUUCACUGCCGUCGGAAUUUUCAUAAUUUUAAUUUUGGACAAUUCUAUGCCAUUAAUUGCGUUCAUAGAAUCACGUGUGUAUUUAAAAAGCGCGUCUCUCCGCAUAAUCAUUAUCGUCGUUCAUGACAUCGUCAGCGCAGAACAAACGAUGGUGACCUAAUAGCGCCGCUGUAUAAAGAGUAUUAUCUUGGAAAAGACUCGACCUUGCUAUUGCUCGCCAAGGUUUCUCCAUUUAAAGUGUGCAGCUUCGUCUAAUUGCUCACAUUUUUACGAAAUAAUAUUCCCUCCCCAAAAUAAUUCCCGCAUAAUUCGUGUGAAUUAUUUAGCAGUUUCUGUCGCGAAAUAUUGUUCAUUAAUCAGCGGCCGGGGUUUCAUGAAUAAAAGAUUAAUUAAUCCCCCGUGACUAGCCUACGUAAUUGACAUAUUCGAGCCAUCAACUUAGAUAAAUCAAAGCGUGAUGAUGAAUUGCUGAUGUCCAUCGAGCAAAUUGCUUUCGCUGUUUCGUACAAACGCAUCAUCGCCGGUUGGCGGGCUGCGAGGAGGGGGAUACAUUUCGUUUCAAGGUACGACCAUCGGCGACUCGCGUGAGGUGCCGCUAAACAUCGAUAAGGAUAACACGAAUGUUUGUCUUGUAAUUACGCUGAGACGAUCCAUUAGAGAGGCGACGGUCACGAAACACUUCCACCGCCGGACAAACUCGUAAUCAUUUUGUCUUAUUAUACAUUAAUGUUGUACGAAACUAUCUCGAAACUAUCGGUCUCCUGGCUGUUUCAUAUAUCACUUGUAGUUCUUCAGCAUUAUUUUGUGCUACAACAACAUUAAAAUUCAAUUAGAAGGAAAUUAUGUUGUACAAAUAUAUUACGGAGCAUAUUUCCUAGCGCAAUUCAAGCAACGUUGUAAAAGUAGAAGGAGAAAUCAUGAUUAAUGGCAUCAAUUUUAUUUCAAAACAAUGCGGAAUGAAAAAUUCCGUGCUAAUAAAGUGACGUAAAAAACAUGCUUAUUCACGGUCGUUUUUAUUAACUAAUGUCAUCUUUGCUUAAGGAUAGCAAUCGCGCAAAAAGAGAUCUAGUCUCGUUUGUUACAUCGCCGCUAAAACGCAUAACAAUGCAUAAUUGUUUGUUUUAUGCAUUUUUAUACACGUCCCAUCGAUCUAUCCUGCUUUGCAUCAGUGAUAUUGUCUCUAGCAUGUUCAAUACGAUGAUGAUAAUAAAUUCUCGUGUACUUAUGCUUCUGUAAUAAAGCGAUAAGCCGGAUGCACCAUUACAGCACGCCGCAACUACAUUUUGCAUACGAUAGCUUUUCGAGAAAAGUGUCGGUUGAAGGAAAAUAAAUGCUUUCGCGUGAUCAUCCAGCACGCGAUUCGCACUCGAUAAAACGCUUAUUUCCGAUCAAAUAAAAAUAAAGUGGCCCUGUAAUGUCUAUAAACUUGAUGUCUCAUUUCCUCGAAAACGUUUCUUCGCAAAUAUACCCUAUUUAUUUAUUUAUAGCGCAUUUGUCACGACCGUAACACUGAAGGCAAUGUAAAACGCAAUUCUAAUUGGAGCAUUGGAUCGCACUAUAAAUAUACAGUAUUUGUCGAGGUACAUAUAUCGCUUUUAUGUCUCAAUUUAAAACAUGAGAUUCCACGCAUAAAGACAAUGGUCAAAGAUAAGCCGUCAAUUUCCUGUUAUUUUAGCAUAAUUAUGCUUUCAAGUGACGUUUACUAGGUUUUUUUUCAUGUCAACAAAAAUAACAUUGAACAGCUAAUUCAAAAAAGAUUACUAUUAGGACACGUCACGUACGUCGCAAAAAAUAUGAUCCCUUAGGAACCAAUUUUCUUGAAAUUGAUAAUAAAAUUUCGAGUAAAAUUCACGAACUGAGUUUAUCGAGAAAUUUUUAUUAAAAAAAAAUUUUUAUUUAAAUUUAUCAAACCAUCAAUUAAUUAAAGUAACUAAAGAUUUUCUACAAAAGAUUAAAAAAAACUUGAAACCCUUUCAGUCCGUUUGCGAUCAUGUCGCAUAUGACGCUUUAUUAGUGUGGAAACAUUGGAAUAAUAAUGUCCAUUUAUCUUGGAAGAUCAUGGGCGCGCGCACGCACACGAGUAUGAGGGUUGCGGUAUGAGCACCGUAUCGCCAAAGUUGGAAGUUUGCCGCUAUUGUUGCACGCCUCAGUCAACUGUCAGCUGUCUUCAGGGAUAGUUUGAAAAAGCUUCGUGACAGGGUUGGGGGAGCUUUAUCCGUCGCGUAAUCAGGCGACAGUAUUGUCUUACAAAACUGACGGCGAUUCGCUUCGAGUUGUAUGUGAUAAAGGUAGCGGGACUCAUUAAAACCGGAGGAAAAAUUUUAUGAGUCGAGAAUGAUUAACAUACUUGGAUAGCCACCAAGAGAAAUAUCCUUGUUUAUUAUUAAAAUUCUCAAUCAAUAGUUUUUGUACAAAAAAAAGUGCGAUAAUAGAUAGCCAAAUCUUGUAUAAAAACAUAAAUACAAAUUAAUAUCUUUGAACAUUCAUUAAUUAAAACAAUUUCUAUCAAGAAAAAAAAUUUGUUAUUUGAUAAAAUAGUCAAAGAAGGUAAGAUUCAAUGUGAAAUACUGUGAUUAUAAUGGAUUGAAAGACACUGACUGUGAAAUGGAGGAUUCAUCAAUUUCGAAUCUAAAAAAGAGGAAGUCGACUUUCAAUCCAUGGAACGAUGCGCGAAUUUUAACGCACAUCAUCGGUAAAACGUCUGAUAUCGCUCAUUUGAAGCGUGUUGACGCGAAUGUGAUGCCGGCGCGAGCCUCCAGCCGCAACACCGCGGACAUCGGGAAAGAGAAUUACUACAAUACCGCCGAUAAAGUAUCGCUUGGUUACCUGAAUGCCAACAAUUCCACCCUGCCGUAUUCCAUCAACACUGUACACCUGCAGAAUCCCUAUAGGCCGCCUCAGCGAUUGGAAGGAUUUGCAUCUCGGGAUCAUUCGAAGGAUAUGUAUCGAUCGCAAGAUUUCACAUUGAGAUCGAGAUAUAACAAUAAUUUGCUUAUACCAAGGGAACCAGUCCCAAAUAAAAACAUCGAACAAGAGAAUGAGAAACCCGAAAGACCGAAGAAAAAGAAGUACUCAAUGCUCGCAAAAUUCCUUGAGCUCCUCAAGCAAUAUUGUGCGAACAGCAGCCUUCACGGUUUGCGUUAUGUCGGUGAUCCGGAACUAUCAAUUGUAGAAAGAAUUUUCUGGAUAUUGUCGUUCACUGCCGCGUUCGCAACGGCUGUAUAUUAUAUAUGGUAUCUUUAUCAGAAGUUGAACUCUGCUCCCAUUAUCAUUUCCUUGAGUCCCGAGCCCGUUUCCCUUAACGAAUUUCCAUUUCCUUCCGUGACGAUAUGCAAUAUGAACAAUGUCAAGAAAAGUGAAGCAAAACGGAUCGAACGUAGCUUCGACAGGUUGGACCAACUAUUGGUGGAAGAUUUCUGCAAUUCGGAAAGCAACAUAACUUACGACAACGAGGAGCAAGAAAUAGAAUGGAGCCGGGUGUAUCCAUUUAUGAUCAAUGUAUCUCAGUCGUGCACAGAUAUGUUAUAUUUUUGCGCUUGGGUCGGGAAUCAGACGGAUUGCGAGAAGAUUUUUAAUCCCACUAUGACCGACGAGGGCAUUUGUUGCAAUUUCAAUUCGGUGAACAAAAAGUAUCUCUUCUAUAACGCACGCGACUGGCCUGAAAUGAACAUAACAUAUCCAUCCACUAGCAUCGAUUGGAACGCUGAAGAUGGAUAUAAGGAUAUGCCGGCGGAUGUUGUGCCGUGGAGACCGUACGGCGCUGGACUGUUUUAUGGCUUGACUUUGGUCCUUGACGUGGAAGCGGAUGAGUAUUAUUGCUCGUCGACCGCUGGCGCGGGCUUCAAGAUGUUGCUCCACAGUCCUGUGGAGACACCGAAGAUCGCCGAUUUCGCGUUCUCGAUCACGCCGGGCGAGGAGACCCGCGUGAUCAUAAGACCACGAUUAUCGUACGCCAGUCCGUCGAUAGUUUCCAUACCGAAAAAAAAACGGAAGUGCUUCUUCACGUCCGAGAGGAAGCUCAGGUACUACCGAACGUAUACACAGAGGAACUGCAUUCUGGAGUGCGAGGCGAACUUUACGCAGACGAUCUGCAACUGUGUGCAGUAUUACAUGCCAAAAUCAUCGAAAACGCCGAUAUGCGGCAAACGGGACGAACAAUGCGCUAAACGCGCUCGACGAGCCAUGGAAAACAAACUCUACGACGAGAGUGAAUUAACGAUUACGCUAAACGUUACAAUGCCGAGUAGUUGCAACUGCUGGCCAGGCUGCUUCGAGAUUAACUAUAGAACCGAACUUUCCCAGAACAAGCUAUUAUCGUCUUUUAACAUCGAUAAACGAUACGUGAAGAAGAACAUGAAUUAUUUUACGGAAAAUAUGGCGGUAGUUCACUUAUUCUUCGUGGAUUCCCAAUUCACGAAAUACGUGAAAAAUGAACUUUUUGGAUUCAUCGAAUUCCUGUCAAGCACAGGUGGCUUGUUGGGUCUCUUCCUGGGCUUCAGCUUUUUGUCGUUCAUGGAAAUCAUCUACUUCUUAACUCUACGGAUGGGAUACCGAUGGUACAAACGCCGAAAUUCGCCGAGACCCGCCGUGCUUAAGAUACACCCGUUAGACGACGGCAAAAAAGUGAUCUAUCCGUUCACGAAUUGAGUUAAUUUCUUAAGAUGCAAUGUAAAUAGCGGUUUAAUGCGUGAAGUGUAUUGUUGACAAAUGUAUCGAAUUUUUAAUAAAUUAAGAAUAUUUAUGAUUCCCGACUCCAGCAUAACAAUUUUCCACAUAAAUUACUUUUAGUUAAUAUUCAGAAAUCGGAUAUAUUUAGAACUGAUAAGCUGUUCGAUAUAUGCUAAAGUGAUCUAGAAUUAACUAAUCUAGAAAAUCGGCUUCUCCGGUUUUAGGGAUUAAUUACUCAUAUGUGUAAAUAUGAAUUAAUUUCUGGAUAAAAGAAGGAAAUCUCAGUACGAAGGAAACUACAAAAUGUACUACAUAUUGAUUUUUGAGGACGGCUAGUUUUUUAUUAUAUAAUAUCCAUAUAAACAUAUUUCUUUACGAGCACGUGUUACAAAUUUUUUGACACACACUUUAACAUGUACGUCAAAGUUGCAUUAAUAAUUAACGACACGAAAUGACCGAGUCAAAUAGUCUAGAAUUCAAGACAUGGAAAAAAAUGCGUUUUGCUGACGAUCAUAUUUCACGAGUAAAAUAGAGAUUACUUUUGCGUGUCUAUGGCAUGCAAAUCCGAACCUAAAAAUCGCGCCGGUUUCAAUGACGCUUAAUAAAUCAUAAAAUAAACGAGGAACGUUUCGUUGACGAAGAAGCCGAAUUUUACUAACGACUUGCCAUGUGAUCGAAAUGCCGAAGUCGGACAAAUCGAAAAUACGCGAU